AUGCCGAAACGGAAGUCUGGCUCCGGGGAUGCCAAGGCUAAGGCCAAGGCACUUAAGGCCACGACUGAAACCGACGCAGAGAAGGCAGAAAAGUUCGCGUAUGAGGACCGAGUUCAAUCAAACGGAGGGCCGGAUGCAUACCUUACCAGCAACUACAAGGACAAGGCUUUCUUAUUGCACGGACAAGAAGACACCAGGAGUGAUCCGCCCCUGGCAGUGCGGAUGGAGGACUGGAAGAAUGCGGCUGGAAUGGCUCGGGCGUUUCAAAUUGGUAAGAUGGAAGCAGAUGCCCUCUUUGAAUUGACAUCAGCUGUCCCCGACACUAUUGUGUCAGAACUCUCCCAGCUGGUCACGACUCGCGGCAUGGUGCGCUUUUUGAACCACGAUGUGAUUGGGAAGGGCACCUUUAGCACGGGAUUCAGCAGUGGCAUCGGUACAGCUGAUUGGCUUUUGGACGCAGACUUGCAGCAUUGUGUGGACAACCAGAUCCCGGCCAACGCAGACUUGCGAAACAUUUCUGCUUUCAGGAGAGGAACCCCAUGCGCUUCAGCGUUGAUGGAGUCGUUGUUGAAGGGCAUUCCACUUGGUGAGGGUGACAGAGUUCUGUGGUUCGACGUCAUUCCCAACAGGCAGGAAGCUCUAGACGCAGAACGACGUGAGGAACGAGAAAAAUACAGUGGUUUGUGUAGACCGGUCGCCUAA